UGGAACGAGACCUUCAUGUUUUCCAUCUCUAGGGAUGUUAAGGAACUAAAGAUCACGAUAAUGGAUAAAGACACUCUUAGUGCUGAUGACAUUGUUGGUGAAGUGACAAUUCCUCUUGGGCCGGUGUUUGAAUCGGAAAGAGUGCCAUCAACUAUGUACAAUGUAGUCAAAGAUGGGACAUUAUGUGGCGGGCUAAAUGUCAGCCUCAAGUUCAAUCAACAGACAACACGGAGCAGGGGAUUUUCAAAUGAGGAUCUGGGAGGGUGGAAGUCAUCAUCAGCAAUGGAUUGAUUUGUUCAAUGAUGCGAAGUUUCUGUUUCUACAGCUUGAUCAAGAUCCUUGUAUUGUAUUUGAAUUUCAUUGUAGCAACUGCAUUGUU